AGUUACUCUAGAUUAUCAUGAUUUACAAAUUGGUAAGACUAGAAAAAUGCGAGUCCAUUUCUGUUGCAUAUGUUUUAAAAUACAAUUAGGCUGAAAGGUUAGAUUGGUGAAAUUUCUUUUCUAAGUCGUUGAUUCCAUGUUAGUUCGGUUGUUUAAGGAUGAUGAUAACCUUAAAAGACGUCUGGAUUUGUUGGUUGUGAGGAAAUAAUCAAUUUUAAAAUCAGAAAAUUUGGUUUAGGAUCUAAUUUGUUUAAAGCCUAGUAAUUCUCAUCAAGUUAGAAAAGAAGAAACUAGCUUGGGCUUUGGACAUCUUUUUAUUGACCAGCAGCUCACAGUAUUUAAAGAUAAGGUAAAGCAUAAUGUUCUGGUGCUAUCCUUGGAGGCAUCAAAUGUUGCUUAUGCUUAUAUUUGGAGUUUAACGGUUUUCAUCAUGUUAAGGAUAAGGUCCUAAGCUCAUGGUGAAAACAAAGCUAAGACACCCAGGAACUGUUGCUGGCAGGAAUAGUGGUACUCCGUCCUGCCUUAUUGACAAUGACACUUCAGAGGCUGAUCAACAGCAUGACAAAGAUGGUUGGGUCAUUGUAAAAAAGCAGCGAGUUACCAUUCUGAUCCCUUGUGCUCCUCUUCCCACCACAAUAUCUAUAACAGCUACCCAUGGGCCGUCCAACAUAGCAAGCAGCAACUUUCAACUUCAAAUGGGGACGCCUCCACUACUUCCCUCAGUUAAUGAACAAGAGACGACCUCUCCAUUGGCUGCCCAAGAGGAGAUUCGGGUAGCUAGAAAAGCUCCUCCUCUACCUUAUCCAACUUCAGCCACGAAUGCAAGGAUAAAUCGAAGAGUAGAAUCAGAAAUUCCACCGCAGGUCAGUAAUUUAAAGUCGCCCAAAUUACUUGGGAUCUCUAGGGCAUCAAAAGCUAUAAAGCAGCCAAGAGUAUUACUUGCACCGAGGAGGUUCCCAAACCUGGGCACAACUCUAAAUCAAGGUCUGCGGGCAUCAAAUCUAGAGAGAAAGCUUGAAAGAGCUGGUGGGUUGAGCAAGUGGCUGACGUCACUUGGGCUGGGGCAGUUUGUGAGAAUUUUUCAGGGGAAGAGUCUAAAUAAGUAUCAAUUGGUAAAUCUAACCAUGAAAAAGCUCAAGGAUAUGGGUGCCAAUGCUGUGGGGCCUCGCAGGAAACUGAUCCAUGCCAUUGACUGUGUUUGCCAACCUUAUUGUUUUGAGUCAUUGUAGAAGUUUAUAGGUUUCUGUGACCACUCGAAAUCCAAGACACUAGACAAAUGCAAAACCUGGUUUCUGGCAGCUCUUAAGCAGUACCGGGUCGCGUUUCAGGGCUUCAUAGAGGUUUUUACCUUAAUUUGAUUUACUAGACACGAAUACAAUCUGAGAAAUAUUGUAUACACGCAAAACGUGAUUUCUUUUUCUUCCUUCCUUUCUUUUUUUAA